UCACGGCGUGGCCCCGCCCCCACCCUCCCAUUCAACCACUGGCUCUAAUGUAGCCCUAUGUUUACUACAGAAUUAGUGCAUAGCGGACGACAGUCUCCUGAACUGUGAACUUCGAAUCACUAAAGAUAACCUGUUAGUUUUGCAUAAAAGAAGAAAAAUAUCCCAAACUCAACAUGCCCAAGAGAAAGGGAACUGAUGGAGAAGUCAAGGAGGAGCCUCAGAGAAGGUCUGCUAGACUAUCAGCGAAACCAACACCUCCAAAACCUGAACCCAAACCGAAAAAAACUCCCAAGAAAGAGAAGGAAGUGAACGAUAAAAAGGAAGACAAGAAGGCAAAGGCAAAGGCUGAGGAGUCCAAGGAGGAGAACCAAUCAGAAAAUGGGGAGACUAAGACCAAUGAGGUUGAGAAAACUCCAGACGAGGCGGCAGAGGCCGAGGAGGACCCGAAGACAGAGUAGCACCACGCCUGUCCAUCCAUCCGUCCAUCCUUUCCCCUCUUUCCUUUAUCUUCCUCUCUCUUUCCCAAUAUUCUCUCUCCCUCUCCAGCUCUCUCAACAACCUCCUCUCUGCCCAUCACCACCAGAGGAAUAUUUUUAUCAGCGAAUUUGUAAAUACUGGUUCAGGUUUUUAGCACAAAAAACAAAGCUGACUAAACGAGUCUUGUGUUCGGCCGCAGCUGUAUCAGGUGUCUACAACACGAGAGGUGUGAAAAAAGGCGGCGUCUUUCUUUCGUUUUGUUGAUUUUCUGUUUUUAUCUCUUCUUUCUUUUUUUUCAAGCGGAUUUGCUUGGUUUUGGAGUGGGAGGUGGGAGGAGGCUCUCAGUCUGUAUGUCCGUUAGUGCUCGUGAUGUUGCUCUGGAGUCUGUGAUGUUUCUGUAUGGGGUU